GCGAUCCCCCGUGUAAGAGUGAGGUGGAGGAGGACAUUCCAGGAGAUGUCACCACAGAUAAUCCCUCUGACGGAAACUUCAUGUUAUCACUAAGUUAUGAAGCAGAAGAUGAAGAUAUCAUGCAGCGCUCUUCAGGAGAAAACUUAAUUAACAUUAAUGUACAUCCAGGACUUUACAGUACAGAUCUGUCAUAUAAUCCGGAACCUUCUCCUCACCAAUCACAGAUUGUUACCCCAAAUACAGUUCAUAAAGGGGGUGAAAGAUUUCACUAUCAUAUUGGGGAAAAGUCAUACACCUGUUCAGAAUGUGGGAAGUGCUUUAUAGCUAAUUCAAGUUAUGUUAGACACAAGAGGAUUCACACAGGAGACACACCAUAUUCAUGUUCAGUAUGUGGAAAAUGUUUCACAAAUAAAUCGGAUUUUUUUGCGCAUGAGAGAAUUCACAAAGGAGAGAAACCAUUUCCAUGUUUAGAAUGUGGGAAAUGUUUCACAAUUAAAUCACAUCUUGUUAGACAUGAGAGAAUUCACAAAGGAGAGAAACCGUAUUCAUGUUCAGAAUGUGGGAAAUGUUUUACAGAUAAAUCAAGUCUUGGAAGACAUGAGAGAUGUCACACAGGAGAAAAGCCAUUUUCAUGUUCAAAAUGUGGGAAAUUUUUUACAAAUAAAUCAUAUCUAGUUAGGCAUGAGAGAAGUCACACAGGUGAGAAGCCGUAUUCAUGUUCAGAAUGUGGGAAGUGUUUUCUAGAUAAAUCAUAUCUGGUUCUACAUGAAAGGAGAAAUCACAGAAGAGACAAGCCAUAUUCAUGUUCAGACUGUGGAAAGUGCUUCAUUAUUAAAGCUAAACUUAGGGAUCAUCAGAGAAUUCACUCAGGAGAGAAACCAUAUUCAUGUCUAGAAUGUGGGAAAUGCUUUGCAAAUAAAUCAAAUCUUCUUAGACAUGAGAAAAGUCACACAGGAGAGAAACCAUAUUCAUGUUCAGAAUGUGGGAAAUGUUUUAUUACUAAACCCAAACUUAGAGACCAUCAGAAAAUUCACACAGGAGAGAAACCGUAUUCAUGUUCAGAAUGUGGGAAAGGUUUUAUUACUAAACCCAAACUUAGAAACCAUCAGAGAAGUCACACAGGAGAUAAACCUUAUUCUUGUCCAGAAUGUGGGAAAUGUUUUAUUUUCAAAGCCAAUUUUGAAGACCACCAGAGAAUUCACACAGGAGAAAAACCAUAUUCAUGUUCAGAGUGUGGGAAAGGUUUUAUUAUUAAAGCCAGUCUUAAAGAUCAUCAGAGGAUUCACACAGGAGAAAAACCAUAUUCCUGUUCAGAAUGUGGAAAGGGUUUUAUUAGUAAAGCCAGUUUUAAAUACCAUCAGAGAAGUCACACAGGUGAUAAACCAUAUUCAUGCCCAGAAUGUAUGAAGUGUUUCGCAGAGAAAUCAAGUCUUGUUAGACAUAAGAGAAUUCACACAGGAGAGAAGUCACACAGGAGAUGAACUGUAUGUUCAGAAUGUGAGAAAUGUUUUAUUACUAAAACCAUCCUUAGAGACCAUCAGAGAAGUCACACAGGGGAGAAGCAUUUUUGCUGUUCUGGAAAAUGUUUUACAAAUAAGUACAAUUUGUAAACUCAAAAUAUAUUUGCCUCAUAUUUAUCAUUGUAUCAUAGUUUAUGUAUAGAUAUUGCAUUUUGUGUGCUGUUAUGGUCUGUUUUUCUCUGUAAUUAAAGCUAUGUACAUCUGUGUAUCUGUUUUCUCCUAUCAUGCAGGAUGUGUUUAUCAUUUUUGUGUCUGGGAUUUUUGUCUCUGUAGUAUAUAUUGGAGGUCUGGCCACCUCCAGGUCUGAAUGCACUCCAAUCAUAAGAGAAAAUUAUAUAACUAAGACUGUUCCUAAAAAACAAAA